UCGCGAGAGCACCGUGUGUCCUUGUUUUGUCCAUAAUGGGGUACUGGGAGCUGGAAGAGGGUAAAGAUUGUGUGGAGAAAACAUGGAUUACCACCAAACUAGCGACUGCUAUCGGGCUUGUCGGCUCAGCAUACCACAUUGUGUUAUUUCGACCUGAGACUGCUGUUGACGCUUUGAUGAGGGCAGCGAAUGGCACAGUCACAAUGGCUUCUCUGGGUGCGAUAUUCGGAAUGACCACUUGUCUGAGUGCACAUGUUAGGGAUGCACCUGACGACCCUACCAACUACUUCCUCGGUGGAUGUGCAUCAGGAGCAUUUCUUGGUGCUCGAACCCACAGUGCUGUGACUGGCACAACUGCUUGUCUGGGUCUGGGGCUUGUGGCCAUGUUCACUAAGGUUGGAAAGAUGGAAGGCUGGAGGUUAUCCGGUGAACCCAGACUAUAAAACCUCAAUCUCAAAUUAUUGUUGUGUUCAUAUUGUAUAUUGCUUAAAUAAAUCUUUAUGAAUGGAUAAA